CACAUUUCUUGAACUGCCUCACAAAAUGGCUGACCAGCACUUCCCAGAAGCAUGGGCAACUUUUGUUGUUUGUCUUUCCAACUAAACAUUGCCCUGCAGUUAUACGACGACGAUUUAAUUACUGGAUUGAGACUGUAAUUCAGAUGGGCAUUCGAAACCAUGAAGAAUAACAAAUUGGCCUUCCAUAAUGUUUAACUACAGUUUUAAUCAUCGGACAAAACAGCUCGAAGACCAGAAUGGCGCCUGAGCGGUGCCCCUGAAUCAGAAUGACUGGGUUCCUCUUUGAAUUGACAUACCAAUGGACAAAUCACAACACACCACAGAUGUGGCAAGGGCUCGUGAAGCCAAUAAAAUAUCGACUUUGAAGAACUAGAACUCAUGUUGUGAAGGGAGGACAUUUUCAUACAUGUUCCAGGGUACAAAUCAACAGUGAACGUUUCCUGCCCUGAUGCAUGGUGGUCGAACGAAGGGAUUGUUGGAAAAUUUCGGAGACAGAUGAUGCUCUUGGCCCAGGUGAACAGUGAUUCUCAGGCCAUGGAGUUCCAAACUGUAGAUGGGGAUUCCCAGCAGGUGACCCUCUGUCUAACAGAGGCUGUCACAGUGGCAGAUGGGGAUCACAUUGAGAACAUGGACACAGUUAGCCUGCAAGCAGUGACUCUGGUUGAUGGGUCCACAGCAUACAUACAGCACAACCCGAAAGUUAUCUCAGACACCAAGUUGAUGGAAGGGCAAGUGAUUCAGCUUGAAGAUGGCUCAGCUGCGUAUGUUCAUCACUUAUCCAUGCCUAAAUCAGAAUGCUAUACAUUUGAAGGUGGAGAGGGCUUGAGAUUAGAGGAUGGUCAGGCUGUACAGCUUGAGGAUGGCACAACAGCCUACAUCCAUACACCCAAAGAGACGUAUGAGCAGAGCGGGUUGCAGGCAGUCCAACUGGAGGACGGCACCACGGCCUAUAUUCAGCACACUGUACACAUGCCUCAGUCCAACACCAUCCUGGCCAUCCAAGCUGAUGGCACUGUGGCAGACUUGCAGGCAGAGGGCGCUAUCAAUGCUGAGACCAUCAGUGUGCUGGAACAGUAUUCUGCCAAGGUAGAGAGCUCCGACUGUGGCACAGGGCUGCUGGGUAGAGCAGAGACUGAUAAUGGAGUACACAUGCAGAUCGUGCUGCAGGGCCAGGAUGCCAGAGCCACCAGGGUGCAGCAUGUUGGUGAGAAGACGUUCCGCUGUGAGCAUGAGGGCUGUGGCAAACUCUACACCACAGCACACCACCUCAAGGUACAUGAACGAUCACACACUGGGGAUAAACCGUAUUUGUGCGAACAUAUGGGAUGUGGGAAGAAAUUUGCAACAGGGUAUGGACUCAAAAGUCACAUCAGAACACACACAGGCGAAAAGCCAUACCGCUGCCAGGAGACCAACUGUCAUAAGUCCUUCAAAACGUCAGGAGACCUGCAAAAGCACACGCGGACACAUACAGGGGAGAAGCCGUUCAAGUGCCCGUUCGAAGGCUGCGGCCGCUCUUUCACCACUUCCAACAUUCGCAAGGUGCACAUCCGCACACACACGGGGGAGAGGCCUUACUACUGCUCAGAGCCCAGCUGCGGAAGGGCCUUUGCUAGUGCCACCAACUACAAAAAUCACAUGAGGAUCCACACAGGAGAGAAGCCAUAUGUAUGCACAGUGCCUGGUUGUGAUAAGCGCUUCACCGAGUACUCCAGCCUGUACAAACACCAUGUAGUCCACACUCCAUGCAAACCCUACAACUGCAACCACUGUGGGAAGACCUACAAGCAGAUCUCCACGCUGGCUAUGCACAAACGCACCGCACACAACGACACCGAGCCCAUCGAGGAGGAGCAGGAGGCCUACUUCGAGCAACCCACAGAGGCCAUGGAUGACCCCAGCAUCACCUUCACACCCACAGUGGUAGAGGACGACUCCGGAUCUGAGCAGGUUAUCACGGGAACAGCUGAGAUCAUAGACCAGCAUCAUGUGGCCCUCAUCACGCAUGAUGGGACGCAGCAGGUCAGUCUCUCUCAGGCUGACAUGCAAGCCAUGGGUGGCACAAUAACCAUGGUAACACAAGAGGGGACGACCAUAACCAUCCCGGCUCAUGAGGCAAUGCUGUCUGGAGGGACACAUUCUGUUACCAUGGUGUCAGCAGAUGGCACUGAGGGACAGGUGGCCAUAGUCACUCCACACCUGUCUGCGUUCCAGACGGAGGACGGGGUGUUGAUGCAGGAGCAGGAGCAUCAGGUGGGGGGCACCCCACACCCUGUGACGCUGCUGGCCACCUCCAAUGGCACGCACAUCGCUGUGCAGCUUAGUGAUCAGCCCUCACUGGAAGAAGCCAUACGAAUUGCAUCAAGAAUACAGCAAGGGGAGACGCCUGGACUUGAUGAUUAACAGACAUCCAGAGACAUGCCAUUAGAGACGAUGAACUGGAGUCUGGGAUGACCUAAUUAAAAAUCAUUAGCCCCAGAACCAUGAUUAUAAUAAUGAUCAUAUUUGAAGAUUAAGAUAUUUUUGUGUGAGCAGUGUACAUAUGUUUUAAAACUGGAGUUUUCUGCUGUACAGAUUUAUUCAAUACUGCUGUUGAAUGUAUGGACUAUGGUCAACUAAUUAAAAAAAAAAUUCUACUGUCCUGUAGUAGAAAUACCCUUCAAUUUUUUCAGACUUUAAAACAUUUUAAUUUACGUGUCUAAUAAAUUUGGAUUUGUAUCCCAUUUAUUUUUACA